GUGAAACUCUCCCGUAGAUGUGAGAGCGCAGAUGUCAUGAGAACAGCAGCAACACGACCACAGCACUUCGACCGACGCGCCGACCGACCUCAUCGCGCCCCAGUCUGGGAUGCUUUUAGCGCAGACACGCUUCCACUCAGUGCAGCCGGUGGACGUUGACGCGCACCGUCUACGCUCUUUUUGCCUUCGUUGUUAUUUUUAACCGAGGAUCUUUUCUCCCGCACACACACAGCAGCAGCCCCCUCCACCUUUUUAAAAAGAGUUUAUUUUUGUUUCUUCAUGACUGCUGCUUUGGGAAGCGAGCCUCAGCACCAGCUCCAGCUCCAGCAACGCCAACACGAUGCGAGCCCAAAUCGAAGUUAUACCAUGCAAAAUCUGCGGAGACAAAUCAUCAGGUAUCCACUAUGGAGUCAUUACAUGUGAGGGCUGUAAGGGUUUCUUCAGACGGAGUCAGCAGAACAAUGCCUCAUACUCCUGCCCCCGCCAGAGGAACUGCCUCAUCGACAGAACAAAUCGCAACCGCUGCCAACAUUGCCGCUUGCAGAAAUGCCUCGCCCUAGGAAUGUCCAGAGACGCGGUUAAGUUUGGCCGCAUGUCCAAAAAGCAGCGAGACAGUUUAUACGCCGAGGUCCAGAAGCACCAGGCGCGCCUGCAGGAGCAAAGACAGCAGCAAACUGGUGAAGCUGAAGCCCUGGCUCGUGUGUACUCAUCCAGCCUAACCAAUGGACUGUCCACCCUCAACCAUGAAAUUGGGGGCACCUACGCCAAUGGUCACAUCAUAGAGCUGCCCAAAGGUGGCCAUGGGAAUGGAGGCGGAGUCCCAGGGGGUUACUAUGGGAUGGAUUCCACUCAGCCAUCUCCAGACCAGUCAGGUUUGGACAUGUCAGGCAUGAAGCACAUUAAGCAGGAACCAGUUUAUGACCUGACGCCAGUACCCAACCUGUUCAGCUAUGGAGGCUACCAGGACAGCCAGUUCGGACCCAGUAAUGUCAGCAUGGGAGAGCUGGACCGUAUUGCUCAGAAUAUCAUCAAGUCACACUUGGAAACAUGUCAGUACACAACAGAGGAGCUACAGCAGCUAGCCUGGCAGACACAUUCGUAUGAGGAGGUGAAGAUGUACCAGAGCAAGCCCCGGGAUGUGCUGUGGCAGCAGUGUGCCAUCCAGAUCACCCAUGCCAUCCAGUAUGUGGUCGAGUUCGCCAAGCGCAUCUCAGGGUUUAUGGAACUGUGCCAGAACGAUCAGAUCCUCCUCCUCAAAUCAGGUUGUUUGGAGGUAGUCCUGGUGCGGAUGUGCAGGGCGUUCAACCCUCUCAACAACACUGUGCUGUUUGAGGGAAAGUACGGAGGCAUGCAGAUGUUCAAAGCUCUGGGUUGUGAUGACUUAGUGAAUGCAGUGUUUGACUUUGCCAAGAGUUUGUGUUCACUGCAGCUGACGGAGGAGGAGAUUGCACUGUUCUCGGCAGCGGUAUUAAUUUCCACAGAUCGACCCUGGCUCAUGGAGCCUCGGAAAGUCCAAAAGCUCCAGGAGAAGAUCUACUUUGCUCUGCAGCACAUUAUGCAGAAGAAUCACAUGGAUGAAGAUGCACUGGCUAAGCUGAUCAGCCGAAUCCCAACGUUGUCGGCCCUGUGCACACUCCAUACUGAGGAGCUUCAAGCCUUCCAGCAGCUCCACCCUGAAACCGUCAACGUCCUCUUCCCUCCGCUCUACAAAGAACUCUUUAACCCCGACCCAAACUCUGCAAUGGCCAUGCCCAAAUGACUGCCUGUAGUCCAAAUGGAACCAACAACAACAGAGGAGGACAAACAAAAGGCAAUUGCUUCUUCUGACCAGACGACAGCGGCCAUGUCGCCUGUGUCACCGUAGCAACCACUUAUUUCUGAGCUCCCUCAGGCUCAUUUCAGACUGGUGGGUGAGGAUUCAUCUACUAGAGACUUAACAUUACUGCCAACAACACUAGGAAUGUCCUGCACUUAUCCCAUCCUGUUCACCGAUACAGUCUGAAGAAUGUAUAUAUAAAUGGAGCGUGCCCCCCCAACCUCCCGCUCACGCCCACCACCACCUUAGAGGGGCUUCCACAUGUCUCCUGAACUGACUGACCAGAAAUGUACAGACUCUUUAAAAAAUCUAACAAUUUUAAGCUGUUAAAUCUUUUUUAUUGGUGGGAAAGUUCAUUUGAUUCAACACUGAGGGGAAAAAAAAGAUUUUGUUCCCUUUUUUCCACAUGAAAACAACGUGACAAUGAAGAAGCUGGACAGGUGAUGGACGUGUGGCUUUAUAGAAGUAAUUGUAGAUAUUCUAGUGGAGAACGGAUUCCAGUAUUAUUUCUUGUUCGGUUAAAAUAAGUUAGUCCUAAUUUAAAUAUAAAGCCGUCUGCUGCAGCGGGCUAUACCUUGUCUAUGUGUUCCUAUUUUAUUUGAUAGUUUCUUGUGUACAGAUUUUGUAAAGUUGCAUCUUGUAAAAGAAAACUAGGCAAGAGAUGGGUGCCGAGAUGGGUGCCGAUUUGGGGUUGCUGAAAUACAGAAGCCUUGUCUGGAUUUUGUUCAUAUGUAUUGAAGGUGUUUCAUCCUUCUGAUCAAAAAUUAUAGAAUUGUAAAGAGAACCUAUGAAGGAUUUAAAAAAAUGCUACUACUUUUCAAGCUGAAGAUAUAUACAUAAAUAUUCUAGUUUGCAAAAGAGAAAAUAACCUGGCAUAUUUGCCUUCCUAUCAAUCAUUUAUUUCACGUUGCAAUAAUUCUGUCCAGUAAUACCCGAAAUGCUUUUGAACAAUCAGCGAGGAGGAGGAAACCAGGACCUCAUGAUGAACCCCACACCUCACCCGAAAGUCCCCUCACUUUGUUUUGAUCUCUAAUGAUUCAUGAUUUUUUUUUUUUUUUUCAUUUUGGCAGAAAAGUGGUUAGCAAACAUGUAUGAAUAAUCCAUUAGGGUAGGGAUAUUCACGUCCAGGCCUGAAGGGCCAGUUUCCACCAUGUUUUAGUUUUAACUCAUCUGAUUUCAAUCAGCAGGUAAUCAAGAGGCUUCUGCAGAGCCUGAUGAGCUGCUGCACAGGUGAUUCAACCACUUAAUCUAGUGUGUUGGAGCAGAGAAACCACAAAAACAUGCUGGAUAAUAGCCCUUGAAUACCCCUGCAUUAGGGCAAAAUAAUUAAAUUCAGAUCUUUCUAAUCUGCAUUCGUGCAGAAUGCCAUUGCUGUCCUGUCUGCAUACUUUAGUCUACGGGUGUCCGACACUCCGGGCUGUAAAUGUGUGGGACGCUUUAGCGAGCAAUAGCUUUACUUCCCCCCUUCCCACUCCAUGUCCCCUUCUCUCAGCUCAAAACAGGGUAGAAGUUUUAAGGAUGCACUAAAUUAUGCACCUGAUCACUGACAAUGCCACAGCCUGAUCAGGACAUAACAGCACUAAAUGAAAAUGUGAAGACCUAAUCAUAGAAAUGAUACAGAAAGCUGAUUUAGACAAUCACUUUUACACUCUGUCCUUCUAUAUUUUUGUUUAGCACUUGUUUUUUUUUUUUUUUUUUUUUUUUUUUUGUCUUGUGGUUGGGCACUGUGUAAAAAGUCUGUCUGGGUUAUAAUGUAUGUUUAUUCCAUCAAAGCAAAUGGUUGGUUUUUUCUUGUAAAGAACCCUUUAGAAAAUCGCCGAGGAUGUUUUUGUGAGAAGCAAUAAGAAACCUCUGUUUAAAAGAUGCAAAAAGUUAAUUAGCUGGUGGCUCUUUUAUUGUCUGUUUUUUUUUUUCGAUUUGUGUUGAAAAUUUAUUUUUUUUAAAUUUCAGACUCUGGUACUUUUAUUUAGCAUAGAAAAAUGGAAACAUCUCCAGGUUUAUUGUGUGGAUGUCUUCUGUUUUUACACAGUGGCCAAAUCUACAGACAAAAAUUCACCCAUUGACACUAAAAACACUGAGAACAUUAACAAAGUUAAUGCACUUUUUUCAGUUAUAACCAGCUUACAAAUCACGGGGCAGUUUGUGUAGCAUCCAUCCAGUCCAUGCUGUAGCACAGAGCCAUUUACCGGCUCCUCUAAAGUCUCCUUUGACCCCUGACCUGACAACACGUCAGAGGCCGGUGACUCUUAGACAAUCACUCUCACACAAAGACUUGAUGCACUACUCAGCAUCUCUCAGGGAGCAGCUCUUCUCAAUUUUCAUUAAAAAGAGGGUUUAAUAUUUUUGAAAUUUUACUAAACAAAAUAUGAAUUAAUAAAUAACUUUUUAGGUUUUAAAAAUGGCAAAUGCUGCCUAUGCAUGCCAGCAAAGGAAUCUGCCCAGGCAAGGCUUUGAUAGAAAUGUGUGCAAGUGUGUGAGUGUGUGCGUGUAGAGCAUGAAUUCACUGUCCACAUCUCUGUAGAGAAGUGCAUUGUUACACAGUAAAAGGAAAACAUGAAUGUUUGGGGUUUACAGCUAAGUUUCCUGCUCUCUGGACUGAAAGUCCACUCGUCACCUGGGACAGUGAGUUUUAUCUCCGAUUAUGAAAUAUUUGUAUGUGAUAUUUUUGUUUUCCCUCAGACUGUGAAUCAAAAGGUGCAGAACCGGGUUGUGAGGGGGGAUGGGGGUGUGCUGGCAACUAAUACUGUAAGUAAGAAACUGUAGCAAUAAGAACUGGAGGCAUUUACUACUGUCAUGUUUGCAUUGUAAGAUUAUUUUUUAAUUUUAUUACUAUUUACUAUUAUUGUUCUUAUUAUGACUACUAUUCUUCUAUUACUAUUAUUAGCCUGUUGUUGUUCUGUUCUAUUUGCAUGACGUUUCAUUGCAAUGAAACAUUCGGGGCUCAUUUGUGUUUCUUUCUCAUGAUUAUGUGAGUUUAGUGGGAGUGGUGUUUGAAAGGGCGAGUUUAGGAGAAAUCCCACGUCACUUCAUUCAGAUCAAACUUUUCACAAACUGAAACUUUUCUUUUUUUAAAUAAAAUGCUCUAAUUUAUACAGAACUGAUUCAAUCGGAUCAACUGUUUUGUCACCCUCUGAAUGUGUGAUUUGUCAGUGAACGACCCUUUUCUGAGCUGGCCUUACUGAACCAGAUUGGACACCCUUUGCCUGCUGUUCAUAAGGGGUGUGGGGGUGAUGCUGGGAGGGUAAUCUGUUCUGAAUGUUAUGGAGUAGUCUGUUCAUGCGCCUUCUUCUACUCCAUCAACACAGGAUGACAUCACAGUGCACACAUUAGUCAUUAGGAUAAAUUGUGCCGUACUUUUAAUGCAGCUGAUAUGGGACAUUUCACACACACGACUUCCUCCUCCUCCUCCCUUUUGUAAGAAAACGUGUGCGAUCAUGAGCGUGUGUGUGCGAGAGACAAUGAAACAGUGAAAAGAUGUUUGCUCUACCAAUGCUUUGUAAACUUUCUUGAUGCAUUAUGUGUGUGCAAUUUGAGCAGUUUUGAGAUAAAAAAUGUUAACUUAUUUUUUAAAGUGUUUUUGCGUCCCAAAAAGAGCAAAUAAAAAAUGUCCAAAACCUAAAAAGGUACUUAGGCUUCAGAGCCUCUUUCACACAAUGAUACAUUUCAAUAAAACACAAAAAAUAUUUUGUUCAUUUUCAAAGUGCCAUAGUUAGUGAGGAGAACAUGGGGUUGGCAGUGAGGGGCGUAGACGCUUUACUGUGUACGUUUACAUGAGAAACCAAUCAAAAAAGGGGAACUGAAAGGAAAAUGUGUAUUUGAUUACACUGGUUAACUGUUUUCAUGCUUUCUUUUCCAUUUGGUGGAAACUCUGCUGGACUCAGAACUCUGCUGUAGAGUUUGAGUUUUCCCACGAGGAGGAAAACAUUAAAGCACACAUGAAUUUGUAUUAAAGGGAGUAAAAGUACCCAGAACUGAAGGAUCAAACUGGGCGUUGGUUCAGAACCGUGCAGCAAGUCCUUAUUUGAGAUGUAAAUACAAUGUGAAGGUCUGAAGUGAUUUUUUUUUGUUCAAUUCUAUAUUUUAUCGCUUUUGUAGACAUUUUGUUGUGGGAAGGAAAAAACUAAAAUAAAAUAAAUUUUAUGGGUGCA